GUUUAAUAAGAGUGAGCAAUGCUGCAGCUGUCAUGAUGUCCCAGAGUGGAAAUGUGCCCUCCUCCAUGGUGGCAAGUGGUGCUGGUGCUGAGCUGCAGCCAAGAACACCCCGGCCUUCCUCACAGCCAGAUGCUAUGGACCCACUCUUAUCUGGGCUAAAUAUCCAGCAGCAAAAUCAUCCACCUGGAUCUUUAGCUCCCCAGCUCCAUUCAAUGCAGUCAAUUCCUGUAAACAGGCAGAUGAACUCAGCCAACUUUCAGCAGCUCCAGCAGCAAACGCAGUUGCAGACACGUCCUCCCCAGCCACAUCAGCAGCCACAGCAGGGUAUUCGGCCUUCAUUUACUUCACCAGCACAGGUUCCAGUUCCCCCUGGCUGGAACCAGCUUCCUUCUGGAGCACUUCAGCCUCCUCCAACCCAAGGAGCACUGAGUACAUUGGCAGUAAACCAGGGUUGGAAAAAAGCCCCAUUGCCUGGACAAAUGCAGCAGCAACUUCAAGCAAGACCAUCUCUAGCAACAGUACAAACUCCUACUCAUCCUCCACCUCCAUAUCCUUUUGGAAGCCAGCAAGCUUCCCAGGCUCACUCAAACUUUCCCCAAAUGAGCAAUCCUGGCCAGUUCACGGCUCCUCAAAUGAAAAGCCUUCAGGGAGGGCCCUCACGGGUUCCUACGCCACUACAACAACCCCACCUGACCAACAAGUCUCCUGCUUCCUCUCCCUCCUCCUUCCAGCAGGGAUCUCCUGCAUCAUCUCCGACAGUUAACCAGACACAGCAGCAGAUGGGACCAAGGCCUCCCCAGAGUAGCACGCUUCCCCAGGGAUUUCAGCAGCCUGUCAGUUCUCCUAGUCGUAAUCCUAUGGUGCAACAGGGCAACGUAUCCUCCAACUUCAUGGUGAUGCAGCAGCAAAACCAAGGUCCGCAAGGUUUACACCCUGGUUUAGGAGGGUUACCCGAGCGNCUCCCACCGGGGUUCCCUGCAGGCCAGGCCAGCCAGAACUUCCUGCAGGGCCAGGUGCCCUCCAGCGCUCCAGGAACACCGGGGAGCAGCGGGGCACCGCAGCUGCAAACCACCCAGAGCGUGCAGCACACAGGUGGCCAAGGAUCUGGACCUCCUCAAAAUCAGAUGCAAGCUCCACCAAAUAUGAUGCAGACCAAUCUAAUGGGACUUCAUGGAAACAUGAACAGCCAGCAGGCUGGUGCUGGUGGAGUGCCACAGGUCAACAUGGGCAGCAUACAGGGACAGCCUCAGCAAGGAUCACAGUCGCAGCUCAUGGGGAUGCAUCAGCAAAUCGUGUCCUCUCAAGGACAGAUGGUAAACAUUCAGGCUCAGGGAUCGCUGAACCCUCAGAACCAGAUGAUACUUUCCCGAACUCAGCUCAUGCCGCAAGGCCAAAUGAUGGUGACGCCACAAAACCAGAACCUUGGUCCUUCUCCCCAAAGGAUGACCCCACCCAAACAGAUGAUUCCCCAGCAGGGACAGCAGAUGAUGUCUACACACAAUCAGAUGAUGGGACCUCAGGGCCAGGUCUUGUUACAGCAAAACUCGAUGAUGGAGCAGAUGAUGACCACUCAGAUGCAAGGAAAUAAACAGCCUUUUAGUGCUCAAAACCAGUCCAAUGUUAUGACGGGGCCAGCUCAACUGAUGAGAGGACCAACCCCAAACAUGCAAGGAACCAUGGUGCAGUUCACUGGGCAGAUGAUGGCACAGCAAGGCCCUGUGAAUGGUAAUCCUUCUCAGGUUAUGGGGAUUCAAGGGCAAGUUUUAAGACCCACUGGACCUGGUCCUCACAUAUCUCAGCAGCUUGGGGAUGCUACUGCUACAACAAAUAAUGACGUGAACUUGACGCAGAUGUUACCUGAUGUUCCUGUGCAGCAGCCAAACAUGGUUCCUUCUCAUAUGCAAGCAAUGCAAGGAAACAACAGUGCUUCAGGGAGUCAUUUCUCUGGCCAUGGGCUGCCUUUCAAUGCGGGGUUUAGUGGAACGCCAAACGGGAAUCAGAUUCCCUGUGGGCAGAACCCUGUUUUCCCUGUCAAUAAAGAUGUUACGCUCACAAGUCCACUCUUGGUUAACCUCCUACAAAGCGACAUAUCAGCAGGACACUUUGGUGUGAACAACAAACAAAAUAAUCAGAAUGCCAACAAGCCAAAGAAGAAGAAGCCUCCAAGAAAGAAGAAAAAUAAUCAACAACUAGAGCAAACAACGUAG